AAAUUUUUUGAAAAACGGGGUGUUUACUAAACUUCGGUGUAGACUUCAAGGAAGUAGCGUAAAGAAAGUAAAGUCUGUUGUCUUUUGACACACCCUGUAUAACUUUCGAUCGGCGUCUUGUGUCUCUUCUGGUUUUGGCGUUGACCCGGCACGAAAUCAUCGUUUCGCUUUCAAUAAUAACAUCCUGUAAGUGUGUCACAGGGGAAAGUGCUUCUGGGCGUCGCGGCCAAGGUGACAUGGGCAUCGAUGUGGGCCACUGCGCAAUUAAAAAGUCACCGUGUGCGGGAUCCUAUGACAUAAUAACCGUAACAACAAUCGGGAGGUCGCGCCGCUUCGGCCCAGUUUCCCAAGUGCACCAGAAGUUUCCGCAAGCCUCGGCGGCGAUUUCGGUGGUGGGCGUACAGGCCAUAAAACCUCACCCGCUGGCCCGGAUCCCCAUACGUGCGCGAUGCUCCUCGCGGUGGCCGUCGUGCUCUGCGCUUCUUCGACGCGCGGCCUCCUGGGGCGCAGCGGGGGCUUCCCCAAGUUCCCGGCCGAUUCGUGCGGGCGGCGCGCCGUCCCCUGGCGGCCGGAGCGCGAGCCGCGCGUGGUGGGCGGCGAGGAGCCGCCUUACGGCGCCGUCCCCUGGCAGGUGGAGCUGCGGCUGGGGCAGCGCCACCAGUGUGGGGGCGCGCUCAUCGCCCGCCGCCUGGUGCUCACCGCCGCGCACUGCUGGGCCGAGGGGCUGGUGGCCGUGGCGGGGGCGCACGGGCCCCCGGGGACGGCGCCCUUCGAGCAGACGCUCCGGGUGGAACGGGCCGUGCAACACCCCGAUUUCCGCAAGCUGGGGCCCUACAGCCACGACAUCGCCGUGCUGCUGCUGGCCGAUCCUGGACUCGACUUCAACUUCCUGGUGAAGCCGGCGUGUUUUGCGUACGAUUCGCCGCCGCCGGGCACCUGGUGCGAGGUGUCUGGAUGGGGGGCUAGUGACCCGAAGGCGCCGGAUAGGCUGUCGCCGGUUUUGAGGUCGGCUGCGGUGCCACUUCUUUCCCUGGAGACCUGUCGAAAGGAUGGGAUUUAUGGAGGAAGACAGCAGCCCAUUUUGGAUUCGAUGCUGUGUGCGGGGCAUUUGCGAGGGGGAAUUGACGCUUGCGGUGGGGACUCUGGCGGGCCGUUGGUUUGUGAAAGAGAUGGCCGACAUGAACUGACGGGAAUUGUAUCUUGGGGUGAUGGAUGUGCCAAGAAAGAUAGACCGGGAGUUUAUACAAGAGUGGCGAGCUUUUUACCAUGGAUUAGAGACUGUGCGAGGCAGUUAGGCGUUGAUUAUAACUUUUAAGGAAAUUUUUCAAAAUAUGAGUAGCACAUUGUUACUUGUGAUUACGAAUUUAUUUUAGUUUUAAUCAUUGUGUAAAUACAACUUUAAAUAAAGAAUAUUUCAUUCUU